AUGCGCCUCGACCGCCAUCCCAUCCCUACAAUCCUUCCUCCCCAUCCUGUUCCUGUUUUUUUGGUCUGGUCAAACAUUGCCAACCUCAAUGUCCGGGCUAUGGCUCCCGAGGAGCGCAGUCGCAUCGAAAAGUCUCUCCUUCGCAAGCUUGAUGCUCGGUGCUCCUACUUCGUUAUCAUCUAUAUCUUGAACUACCUGGACCGAAACAACAUUGGUGCUGCCCGUCUCAAGGGUCUUCAGGAUGAUCUCAAACUGGACGACACCCAAUACGCGACAUGUCUCUCCAUCCUUUACGUGGGAUACAUUCUCAUGCAGGUCCCUUCGAACAUGUUCAUCAACCGAAUUCCUCGGCCAUCGCUAUACAUCUCGGUAAUCAUGUUGAUCUGGGGUCUCAUCUCGACCUUGACCGGUAUGGUCAAGGGCUUUGGCGGCAUGGUUGCCAUCCGUUUCCUGCUGGGUUUCGUCGAAGCCGCCUUCCUGCCCGGAGCGCUCCUGAUUCUCAGCAAGUGGUAUACCCGUCGUGAGCUCACCAAGCGCAACGCCAUCCUCUUCUGCGGCAACCUCAUCUCGAACGCUUUCUCUUCUCUCGUCGGUGCUGGCGUCUUGUCCAACAUGGACGGCGUGCUGGGUCACAGGGCCUGGAGGUGGCUAUUCUAUAUCGAAGGUGCCGCCACCAUGUUCGUCGCCGUCUGUGCGGCUUUCAUCCUUCCCGACUUGCCGACCAACAGCCGCGGAUUCACUGAAGAGGAACUCUUGGUCGCCCAGUUGCGCAUGACUGAAGAUGUUGGUGAGGCCGAUAGCGACUCGGCUAAUAUGGGCAUCUUUGACGGCUUGAUCAUGGUCGUCAAGGACUGGAAGGUUUACCUCAUGAUGUUGACCUUCACCGCAUACACCCUUGGCUUGAGUUUCAACGCCUUCUUUCCUACACUCACUGGUACUCUUGGCUUUGGAUAUGUCCCCACUCUCCUUAUGAGCGCCCCUCCCUGGGUCUUCGCCUGUAUCUUCUCGCUCAUCAACGCCUGGCACUCUGAUCGCACGCAAGAGAAGUUUGGUCACAUUGUCGGCCCCAUUUGCAUGGGUCUUGUCGGGUUCGUCAUCAGCAUGGCCACCCUCAACACGGCCGCGAGAUACGUCGCCCUCUUCCUGCAAGCGGGCUCGUACGCUGGCUUCAUCGUCUUCUACUCGUGGAUCAGCUCUUCGUUCCCCCGCCCGCCUGCUAAGCGUGCUGUCGCUCUUGCCAUGAUCAACGCUUUCAGUCAGCUUGGCAACGUCGCGGGAUCGUACGUGUGGGAUCUCAAAGAGAACGGCUACCGCAAGAGUUACGGCAUCGUGACUGCCAUGUUCGGUAUUACAAUUGUCGGCUGCUGGGUGAUCCGCAUGGUGCUUGUCAACCAGAACAAGAAGCUUGCGCUUGGAGAGGAAAGUGCGUGGGAGGUGCACGACGAUGUGGCCAACCAGACUGCGAGGGUGGAGGAAUUGAAGAGCGAAGGUGCGGAUUUGAAGCCACAGCAGAUUGGGUUCAGAUAUCUUGUUUGA